GCCAAACGUUAUCUUAAUUUCAAUUGGUAGAACGUGUUCUGACCGAUGUGCCGUUUCGCAUAUAAAAUGGUCACGAAGCUAAGGUCGGACCAGUUAGUUUAUUUAAGUACAAUAACAAAAACGACCCAUACACAUCAACAUGAAGUGGAUUUUUGUAUUAGCAGUCGCACUGGCGCUAGUAUCAGCUGCUGUGUCCUUCCCUAAAGGCGGAGCAGGAGAAGGAGCAGCUGGAGCUGCCGCAGCUGCCAAAGAGGACACAAAGGAAGACAAAAAGACCUCAGAACAUAGUGCAGAAGGCAAAGAAAUUAAAACCACGAUCGUCCAAAAGACCGUGAAGGACUUGAAGUCCUCUGACGUCCAGGGAAGCGAAGCCAAGGAGGGUGAAAAAGUAGGUGCAAUUGAAAAAGCUGGAUCAUCUGCUGCAGGAGGUGCAGCUGGCGCCGCAGGGAAGAAAGGCUUGUGGGGGCUAGGAGGAAUUUUUAAACGUGACGUUGCUGAAGCCGCGAAAGCGGGAGGUGGAGUUGCAGCCGAAAAAUCGUCACAAGGCGCAGCCGCAGCUGGCAAAGAGGCCACAAAGGAAGGCAAAGAGACCUCAGGGCAUAGUGCAGAAGACAAAGAAACUAAAACCACGAUCGUCCAAAAGAGCGAGAAGGACUUGAAGUCCUCUGACGUCCAGGGAAGCGAAGCCAAGGAGGGUGAAAAAGUAGGUGCAAUUGGAAAAGCUGGAUCGUCUGCUGCAGGAGGUGCAGCUGGCGAUGCAGGGAAGAAAGGCUUGUUAGGGGAAAUUGUUAAACGUGACGUUGCUGAAGCCGCUAAAGGAGCCACAGCUUUGGGUGCAGCAGGCAUUCCCGGAUUAGAAGCAUUUGCAGUUCCUUUCAAAGCGCUGCUUCCGGAAGCACCAGGCCUAAAGCAUACAGUGGCGAAAAGAUGUGACAGGUAAAGUUUUCAUUGCAUUGGUCUUUGUCCACAAUACCGUAUCAUACCAGCGUACCGUAUUCAGUACGAUAAACAACAUCAGAUCAAUCUCAUUAUAUACUAGUCGCCACCGUGCAUGGUACCCUUUGUUGAACGUUGCGUUUCAGUACACCUGUUGAUAGGCAUUUCUUUUUUGCUGGAGAUAGUUGAUACUAAGGUAUUAUUUUGAUAAAAAAACAGACAAAAGAGUCUUAUAGUCCACAGUACAUAACCCAUCCAAUUGAACGAUUAAUAUACAGCGUGUUCGCAAAGUUAGGGUUUUCCUUUUCAAACACAACUGCGCUUGAUAUAACGGAGGAGAUGUGUGAUGAAACGUGAGCGAACAAGUGAAAAAAAUAAAAGAAAAAGUACUGACUGUUCAGUUAAAUUGAAAUUCCAAGUACGGCUCUGUCGUAAACUCCGUAUUUACAUCCUGGUCGUACGUCAUAUAUGACUACACUGGCGCUGGCGCUGUGGACGUGAUCGAGGGAUAGGACAGAACCGGCUUCGGUUUGGUUCAAGUUUGAUUGAGUUUGCGGAGCCCAAUAUCUCGGCUCUCUUAACCCAGAUAUACCCAAAGUUAUCAUGACUCUGACUUCUUCAUAGUUUUACAUUUACGGGGCAUUAAUAGUAUACAAGAACACAACUAAAACUUCUGAAACUGAUUUUUUCGUAAAAAAAGUUGUUUUUGAAGGCGUCCUAUGUAUAGGACAAUGUUACUUGCUAUGCUGCAUUAAAAUCAUUUGGGCUUAGUAUGAUACGUAAAAAACACUAAACUUGCAACCCUUUGCCAGAUUUUUGACAGCGGG